AUGCUUCGCGUCUCCAAAGUACCUCCCGGCGAUCCUACCACCGAAGACUCUGUCGGCCAGAACCGUUUUGAAUGCCUUACUUGUCCCUACCACUUUGUCAUCAACAAGCGCUACUACGAACGGAAGUACCUGAAGAAGAAGGAAGUCGAAGACAUUCUGGGUGGAAAGGGCGCCUGGGAUAACGUAGACAAGACGGAAGGUAUAUCAAACGAUGCCGAAGGCUAUCUGAGACCCAGAAUUCUGCAAUGUCCAAACGAGAAGUGCCGGAACCACGAAGCGUACUGGUACCAGCUGCAGAUUCGUAGUGCUGACGAGCCUAUGACUGCGUUCUACAAGUGCACCCAAUGCGCGAAAGAGUGGCGAGAAUGA